UUUAAGUAUCAAGAGCCAAGAGCUGGACUGGGGACCUCAUGAAUCAUCUCAGAGAGUGGUUGCUUGUUUCAGGGGGUAAGAACUGGAGCAGUUGAUGUUUCAGAAGGUGAAUCAUAAACCAAGCUGCUGUUUGUCAUGCCUUAAGUCAUCUACCAGAUCCUCUUUGUGUGUGCUGGCAUUUACGCAGAGCAGCCUACGGCAUCUGUAAUCCCAGAGUAUCUUGGAAUUACAGAGGAGGAGAAGGAAUCCCUGAAGCCCAGGGGUUGAGGAGGGGAAAGGAAAGGAGUUCAAAGGAUGCAGAAAGAGCUGCUGUGUCUCCAAGGCCACUUGGGGUUUUAAAAUCCCUGGUUUGAGGUGCAGAAAGCGCAGCUGAGCUGGGUGUCGGGGGGGAUGUCGUCAUCCCUCAUCCUUCUGUGCUUCUGGCAGGGGGGUGGCUGGGAGCCUCGUGCUUUUUGGGGCUGAGCUGGCUCUUUUUUUUGUUCCUGCAGGAUGAAGACCUGGUGAAAUGGCAGGCCAUGUUUGAGGAGGUGCCCGCGCAAUUAACAGAGGCGGAGAAGAAGCAAUGGAUUGCCAAGCUGAGCGCCGUCUCCCUCAGCUCCGAUGCCUUCUUCCCUUUCAGGGAUAAUGUUGACAGGGCUAAACGGAGCGGAGUCCAGUUCAUCGCCGCCCCAUCUGGCUCGGCCGCCGACGAGGUGGUGAUUGAAGCUUGCAAUGAGCUGGGGAUAACUCUCAUUCACACCAAUCUCCGGCUGUUUCAUCACUGAGUUGGCCCUGGGCUGUCACCCUCUCUUCUUUGGUCACAGUCUCACCAGCAGCAGUGACUGGAAUAUCACCAGCUUAAUUAGGAGGCACCUGCAGUCUGUGCUUAGUGAGAUCUUUCCCUCCGUUAAGAGACUGAAGGUGCAAGAAGUUGGCCUCCCAUGUAGAAAAUAAGUCUCUUUUGCAAAUAAACAUACGGUUCUUAGCGG